UCGGGUAUAUAAUGCAAGUUGAGGUGCCACACACACACAUUCACUCCGACCCUCGUCAUAACACCACCAUGAAGGCCGCCCUCCUUCUGCCUCUGGUGGCCUCCGUCGUGGCUGCCCCAGGAGGACCCAACCCCUUCUUCGGAUACAACCCCACCCCCGCCCCGCCCCAGGAAUCCAUCUCCUCCUACACCUCCAUCUCCUCCUUCGCCAGAGCAUACAAGCUUCCAGAGUUCAUUAGGCCAGCCUCUUCAAGUGAAUCAACAACGUUCAUAAAGCCACUCUUAUUAAACAAGCCAGUUCUAUCACCACAGUCAGCUACGUUCAAGCGACCAGCUUUAUCCCUCAGGCCAGUCUCACUAAGCCAGCCAGUUAUAUUACAAAAGCCAGUUCUAUUGGAUCAUCAGCCAGUUCUACCACAACCACUCCCAUUAAACCAACCAGAGGCGUCAUCCAUCAAGCCAGCAGCCACCAACAAGUCACCCACGUAUUACAAUCCAGUUACAUCCUAUGAGGCACCCGUCAACUACAACUACGACUGGUCUGUUAAGGAUGACUACUCCGAGAACGACUUCACCCAUCAGGAGACCCGAGAUGGCGACCACACCCGAGGGUCGUACUCCGUGUUACUCCCCGACGGUCGUUUACAAACUGUUACUUACUACGUGGACGGUGACUCAGGCUACGUGGCCGAGGUGACUUACCGACAGGUCAAGUACCCCGCCCCUCAGCCCGCCUACAUCCCCACCUACACUUAUGGCUGAAUGUCCAGCUACUACGAUCAGUGACAUAUUUAUUUUAUUUAUUUCUAAAGAUGUAGAAUAAACUUGUAAUUAACAGUAUGUAGGUGUUGUUCAGAAGACCCUAAAUGUAAGAAAGUUAUGGAGGAUGAAAGAAGUAGAGAGGGAAUUAGUUUUAUUAUAAAAAUACUAUAAAGAG